AUAAAGAUUAUUAUAUUGCAAUCUUUUAAGACAGAGAGUAUAUGGAAAUUUAUUAUCUCAUGGUAAAAAUAACAAUUUUCUCUUCACAAGUCAAUUAUCACUUUCUUCUCAUGACCAAUAAUCAUUAUCAUCCAAUAAUAAACAUCUAAAUCAACAACUAAUAUUAUUCUUUUUAAUUAUUAAAAAUGAAAAAAAUCCUCCACUUAAAGACUAACUAAUAAUCUAACCAAUGAACUCUAUUUUGUCGAUCAACCACUCACCAAAACCAAAUCAAACCCCUCCAUUUUCCCAAAUUUCUCACCCAAUUCUCUCUCCUCACUCCACAACACUCACUCUCUCUCUCUUCCCUCCCCUCCAAAACAAAAUGCAAGAUAUCAAAAACCCCACCAAAAAAUCCACCCCUUCUCUCAAAAAACCCAAACACAAACACCACAAUCACAUCCACCCUCAAACCACCACCUCCGCCGCACCAACCACCGCAUCAACCGCCCCAAACAUCUCCUUCAAACCAAACACCGACGUAAAAGGCCUUAAAUUCGGCGGCCAAUUCAUCGUAAAAUCCUUCACAGUACGCCGAUGCCGCCCUGAAGAACUCUCUCUCCUCCUCAAUCUCUCUCCUCCACAACCCCUCCGUUCCACCAUCGCUUUCCUCCCUUCCAAUUUCACCAUCUUAGCCCACCACGCUUGGCACACCCUUACUCUUGGCUUGGGCACCAAGAAAUCCAAAGUCAUCAUCUUCGUCUUCGACUCCAUCGCCGGAAAAUCAACCGCCGAUCUGACGUGGCCUCACGAGAUCCCUCUUGGUGACGUCAAUAAACGGUUGAUUCGUGGAAUGAAUGGGUGGGAUUUUGCCAGGUUUAAGUUUAGAAAAGGGUGUAUUACUUUUUAUGUUUUUGGUGUGAGGAGAAGCGGUGAGAGAGGUGGGUUCCAGUGUGGUGAGGAUUUGCGUAGUAUUCUACACUCGGUUGUUUCUCUUAAGGAUUUUCUUGAUCAUACGGCUAUGCUUGCUUUGCCUAAUCAAAGGUCUCUUAAUCAUUCUUCUUCCACUAAUAAUAAUUCUCGUUCUGUUGCUGCUCAUUAAUUUUUUUUUUUUUAUUAUAAUAAUUCUUGUAGCAGAGUAUUAUUUUUUGGGGUAAUCUUGGUUUUUAUAUUAAUUUUUCCUGGGUUUUUGACUUGGUUGUUGUACUUGUACAUGUUAUUUUGUUCUACUAAUGAUCAAUAAAUACGGAUAUGUUAGCUUUUUUAA